AUGACCAAUCUAGAAGAACUCGAUUUACAUCUUGUCGUGUAUUGUGAGAAAAGAUUUAUUGAUGGUUAUGAUUUGAAAAACAAUAUUAUCAAUCAUUUAUUACGAUUAAAUAAAUUUCUAUUUAACAUACGAUCACGUCUGCUUCUAAACGAUCAAGUUUAUUUAUCAUCAAAUGAAGAUUGUCAACUUUCAUUCAAUGGUUUUAAAAAUUUAAAAAUUAUUUCAUGUGUUGAUUAUUUCCCAAAAUGCAAAGAAGAUCAAUGUCAUAUUUAUUCAUAUCCAUAUCAAGCAAAAUAUUAUGAAUCUAUUACAAAUAAUUUCCCAGACGGAUUAUUUAAAUAUGUUCGUGAAGUCUCAUUAUAUGACGAACGUCCUUUUGAACAUGAAUUCGUUGUGAAAAUUGCUAAAUCGUCCAUUUAUGGAAGGAUUAACCGUAAACAAUGA